CACCGGCAUAAGGCAUCGCGACAGAGCUGACAAAUCUGCUGCAAUAGUAUUAGUAAAUAACUUAUUAAGAUCAAUUUUUUCAGGCACGACAGUAUGGAUGUUAAUCAUGAAGUAAAACUCUUGGUGAGGGAGCUGAAACGUCUAGCUGACGGAAAAAAGAAUGCAGAUGGGAAUUACGUUGUAAAAUUUGGUACACUUUUCAAUGAUGACGAUUGUGCCAACAUGUUUGAGGCCCUUGUUGGAACUCUUCGGGCAGCAAAGAGAAAGAAGUACAUCACAUACAAAGGAGAGAUGUUACUCCAAGGAGCUCAUGAUGAUGUGGACAUUGUACUUCUGGUAGAGGAAGUAGAAUGAUACAAAAUCAGACCUAGGAUGCAACACAAUUUCAGGAACAAAAUAUCUGUUCUAUAUUAUGUGACAAUUUGCAAUAAGAUCAUUAUGUGAGGAAUAAUUUGUAGCUAUGCUUUAAAAAGCGUUGUUCAGUGGCUUAUAUUAACUGUUUACAAUCAUUGAGAUUACAGAAGCACUUCCAUGUUGUUGGAUAUAGGAUAACUAACAUUUAAAAACAUACCUGUCCUGCUAUAUUAGGUGCUUAUGUUGGUUUGAUAAUCAUUUUUUGAAGGAAUUAUUAACAUGAGUCCCGGACACCAGUUUUAAAAUUUUGGUGCAUUCCAAUACCAAGAGAUACAGCAGGGUCUCACAGAAAAAACAUGAGUCAAUGACUCAAAUAUCUUGAGUCCCAAAAAUCACUGUUCAAUUUUUAAAGUUUUAUUUUUGUUUGGUAUUUACAUUUACAUCUUUAUGUGCUGAGGGAUCAGGUUUUUUGUCAGCAGCACACAGAAUUUUUCAAUGGUUAAAAAAGAAAUAUUUGAUUGUGUUAUUUUUUGUAUCACUAUUGAUGUUGGACAACGUUGAUUUCCUUUCAAAAGUUGUUGUACAAGUACAAAAAUGUCUGUAAUUGGAGAGAUACUGUGUCUGGUUGAGUUAGUGUAGAAGUGAUUUCUCUACUAAGUAAGUAGUAGGGGUUUUCUCCCUAAUUCUGAAUUUUUGAUGAUAUGCAUGUCAUGUGUCCAGGCAAUGUUCUACAAGAUCUCAAUAUGACAUGGAUUUUUGUGAUAUCAAUUGUUCCAUGUGAUAUCAUUUUAAAGUUGUGCAAUGUGAUAUAUAUUGUAUCUUUAGUACCAUGCUUACAAUUACAACGAUAUUGAUAAGUUUUUCUUAAUUCCACAUUCAUGUGCCAAUACAAGUGCUGAAGGUUGUAGAAGGGUACAUCAGUGAUCCAGUUAAUUUCUUAACCCUGUUAAAGGAGUAAUCAACAAGGAAGGGGAUUCAAAUGUGUACUUUCAUUUUCACGAUUCGCAGUUUCAGAUACAUAACGAAACUGUAAUGUUUGUUUUGACUGAUCUAGCCCUGUUGUGUUUGAGUGACAUAAAAUGUCAUUAAUGAAACGUUAUUGCGUAAGAUCAAAUAUCUACUUAAUCAGCCCCAGAGGGGUUUACAAAUAGAUUAAUCUAAAACACAUAUAUACUGUACUGUGCUUAUUCAGCAAUAAGCUUAGUACUGAUAACAACCUCACUCUUAUCGUUUAGACUCCAGAAGAAACAUCAGGUGUGUACAAUGAUAGAAUAAGCCCACCUUCCUACUUCUAUUCAUGAGUUAGGUGUUGGCCCCUGGACUUAUUGUCCUGUAAUAAGACCACCUUCUACCCUAACUCAGAAGUUAGGUGUUGGUCAUGUGUACUUAUUGUCUUGUGAUAAGACUACCUUCUACUUUAACUCAGAAGUUAGGUGUUGGCCCCUGGACUUAUUGUCCUGUAAUAAGACCACCUUCUACUUUAACUCAGAAGUUAGGUGUUGACAUCUGGGCUUAUUGUCCUGCAAUAAGACCACCACCCUGCUAUAAGUCAAAUAUUAGGUGUUGGCCUCUGGGCUUAUUGUAGGUUAAAUACAGUAAAUUAACUGGCUCACUGGUUUUGAUAUUACAUGUGUCAAAGAAUGUCGUCAAUACAAUUCAAAAGGAUGUCAACAUGAUGAUUUAUCUGGUAGAUAUAACAAAUGUCAUUAAGGAAGACUUGGUACUUUAUAUUUUGAUACCUACCUGGAAAAGUUUAUACAUGUACUUUGUGCUGUAUUUUGAACCAUGUUUACAUUCACACUUGGCAUAUAUCAUUGUUAUGCCAUGAUAUUAAUUCACACAAUAUACUGUACAUGUUGAUUUUGUUACAGAAUCUUUAUUUUUUGAAAGAACGUUGUUCUGUGAUUUGAUAAGGGGAACAAACAUAUGUUUUUGAGGUUUUCCCCCCCACUCCCCAAAACAGCCAUCCGUGGAACCCAUGAUAAUUGGAAAGUAUUUUGUCUGAUGUCCUGAACAGAGAAUACAUACUACCUAUCUUGUUAAGUUUGGAUUAUUCAAGCAGGGAUAUUUCUGAGUGUGAUUUUGGGAUUUAUUGCAUGUUUUUUUUCUCCCUCACAAAUGCGUUUGGCAUUUACAUAAUUAAACAUAAAAUCUCCAUCUUAUUCCUUUCAAAUUUUAAAAUUCUCUCCUGAUAGUGAGGACCCAGAAUUAUCCCUGGAAUAACAGCAAACAGAAAUACAGGCUUGAAUAUUCAUGUAUCUUUACAAGGUGAAUUUUAUCACCUUAAAAAAAAAAAAAUAAUUGAUGAGGACUGUAAUUUGACUAAAUCAUUUAAUAUUAGAAUAUCCUACAAGUACAAAAAAAUUGAAACCUGCAAUAAUUUGCCUUCUCAUGAACUUGUGCCUUGUCAUUAAAUACCUUUUGGUUUUUAUCAGUUUGAUACUCAUUUAAAUUUAUUGAUUUUUGAUCUUUAUAUAAAUGAUUAUUUUUUGGAAAUUUAUUUUAGGUACAUACGUCUAUUCUACAGAAGCAGUAUCAUACAUUCAGUAUUCACAGAAAUUUCAGAGUAACAAGUUACCUCCCUUCAUAUAAAAACUGAAUGUUUUCAAAUGCUUUGCUUUUGAAAUUAACUCUAAUCCUUAGAUAUUGUUUUAAACCAAACAUGAUUAACACAGGCUUUUGGGUCAUGCAUGGAAACCACUGUCUCUCUUCAUUAACUGAAAUCUAUGACUGAAUGAAUUGAUGGCAACUGAGAAAUUAACUUAUUUUCAAUGUAAGGGAAAUGAAGUGUGAGCUUUGCCUCAAAAUCAAAUAUUUACAUUGAAAUAAAAACAAUUCUUCUUGU